UGCCACUUAGCUCGGGCAUUUCGUCUAUUUUCAGGUUGUUAGGAAAGUAAGGGUCAGUUUAUAUUAUGGAAUAGAACACAUGUUACGAAGAAUCCAAAACCAAUUCUUGUACUAUCGACAAUGUUACGACUAUCUGAGAACCUAUCUUCAGACUAACAACCAUGUUAUGACCAAUUGAAAACUGAAGAAUUGAUUGCAACAAUGUUGUAGCUACUUGAUAACUGAUUCUCACGUCAUCGACCAUAUUAAGGCACGUUGCGAACUGAUUAUCGUGCUAACAACCAAGUUACAAACACCCUAAAAUUGAUUCCUGUGUUAUCGACCAAAGUGAUCAGGUUUUUGUUAUCUGGGAGUAUACAAGCAGCUGAUCUGGUGCCUUCGAAGUAUAGAAGAAAUUAACAGAAAUAAAUAACAAGCUCGUUUUUGAUGUCAACCAUCAAUCCCUCUGAUGUCAAAUAUAAGCCUCCCUGAUAUCAACCAUAAACCUAUCUGAUAUCAACCAUAAACCUAUCUGAUGUCAACCAUACACCACCUUAACGUACCUAACUUUUGAUAGAUCUAGUCACCGUCUCUGGGACGUGUAGUAUAGGAGGCUUGGAAGCUCAGAGCAGUUUCAUACAAACGAUACUAAAUCCAUGGAAAUCCUUUUAUCUAACUUACAUUAACUUUAGCCAUACGAUACCUAUAUGGUGCUAAGGAAAACUGAAGAACUCCAGUGUUUACUUAUUAACUUUAGCCAUAUGAUACCUAUAUGGUGCCAAGGAAAAACGGAAUAACUUCAGCGUUUACUUGAGAUAGAGUAACUUCCUAGAAAUGGGCUCAUCUUCCUGUUUCUGUUGCGUUGGAGAUUAAAGGAAAUAAGCAGAAAUCUGCGUUCGUCGUUUCUCGAGCUUGUCGAGUGACAGUCACCGGUACUUCAUCAACUUCAUCAGACGUAAGAAAUGCAACACAAGGAAGAGAUACUUUUGUUCCUCCUAUUUAUCCAAUUCGCCUUACAAUCCUUGGCGGUGAUAUCGUUAGAGAACGGUGGUUACAAAAAUAUUGUUGUUGCCAUUCACAAAGACGUUCCCGAGGAUGAGAAGCUACUAACUAACUUAAAAGAACUCUUCACUAAAGCAUCAAGCUACCUAAAUACAACCACCAACGGACAAGCUUACUUCAAGGAAAUAAUCAUAGCCAUACCAUCGACAUGGGAAAACAAACCCCAGUAUGAAGAUGUCUUGAAAAAUUACUUUCCCUCUGCCGAUGUGCGAAUUGACCACCCCAAUCCAUACCAUGAAAACGACCCUUAUACCCUCCAACCAGGAGGUUGUGGGGAGCAUGGACAGUACAUUCAUAUCACUCCACAUUUUGUGAAAGAACUACAUGGUGAGACUGCUGACAAUUAUGGACCGGCAGAAAGACAUAUUGUACAUGAAUGGGCCCAUCUCAGAUAUGGCGUUUUCGACGAAUAUGGCUUACCCGGAGAUCCGAACUACCCAGCAUUCUAUCUAGAAAAUGGCAAGAUUGUUCCAACAAGCUGCAUACAUAGAAUUACAGGAUGGAUCGAGGCGUUGGAUGGCGGACCUUGUUCAAUUACAGCAGAUGGAACAGUCAGUGAGGAUUGUCGAUUUAUUCCAAACGUGCAGAACGAGGAUGCGAAAGCAUCAGUCAUGUAUCUGCCUUACAUUCCAUCCAUCACAGGAUUUUGUGAUCACACAGCAGAAAGACUUCAUAAUGCUCGGGCUCCAACGAAACAUAACACUUUGUGUUGGAACCAGCCAACCUGGACAGUCAUCACGAACCAUCCCGAUUUCUCCAAACGUGCUAAAAGGGCUACAUUUAUCACUACAAAACCCAUAUUUCGAUUAGUAAGGGCACAGAAAGGAACUGCGGGUCGAUACGUCUUAGUGUUGGAUGUUUCUGGAAGUAUGGGUGGAGAACCGAUCAAGCUCCUUCAUAGAGCAGCCAGAAGAUUUAUAGAAGACAGAGUACCAGAUGGAGACCAGCUGGGAAUAGUGUCUUUUGGUUCCAAGGCAGAUGUUCUUCAUAAUCUGACCAGAAUCUCUAACACCACUCGAUCUCAGCUUAGUAAAGCCCUACCAACCAAAGACAGUGGGGGAAGUACAGCAAUAGGGCAAGGAUUGAUACAGGCUGUAAAGGUUUUAAAAUCUCAAGGAGAAUUGGCAGAAGGUGGACUUAUUAUUUUAAUCACAGAUGGAGAAGAAAACGUUAAGCCUUUGAUCCACAAAAUCCUCCCCAUGCUAGAAAAAGAGAAGGUUGUGGUUAAUGCUAUCGCUUUCGGAAGCAAAGCAUCCGCUAAGUUAGAACCUCUAACCAAGGCAACGGGUGGUAAAGGAUUUUUCUUUGCAGACAUAAAAGGCAAGCAGCAGACAAAUGCGUUAGACUCGGCUUUUCUGGAUUCUGUCACUUCGCAAGCUGAUCUGGAGUUUCAGCCGGUUCAAAUUUUAGACGGAACCAUUAAACUUAACAGCUCUAUCACUUUCAAGAAAAUUGACCUGGACAAAGAGCUUGGGAAAAACACAGUUUUUACUUUCACCAGUAAAAAUAUAGAAAACGUAGAUAUUAUUUUAAAGAGCCCAAGUGGACAAGUCUUCAACUCCAGCUCUUCGGAAUACACAAAAGACGCACUGCACAAAUUAAGGAUUGCGAUAAAACUUUCUGAAUCUGAGACUGGAAGGUGGACGGCGAUAAUACGACGAUCAGGUUCCACUGACGUAGCAGUUUCUGUUUCUGUAAUCUCGGAACCAAAGGAUCCUCGAAUACAGCCUGUCCGGGUACGAUCUUGGUUGAGCAAUGUGCAGCUCAAAUACCCCGCGCACGCCAAAGUAUACGCUGAAGUGAAGAAAGGUUACGAUGCUGUUAUUGGUGCUAAGGUCAAAGCGAUGAUCGACAGACCCCUUGGCCCUCCAGUGGAAGUUUUUUUGAAAGACAAUGGAGCAGGCCCCGAUGGCAGUGAAAACGAUGGGAUUUACUCUGGGUUUUUCACUCAGUUCAACGGCAAUGGACGGUAUGCUGUCGUAGCAAACGUCCUAAACGACGGGGAUGCCAAACUCAAAAUUGGAAGCAAGGCUUCUGCUGCGCUCGCUGCAACAAAAUUCAAAAAUCUGAAAGACCGUGAAAAGAAGAAUGCUACAUCAACUUUUCAGACCAGUGAAUUUGUUCUCACUAAUAAGACUAAAAAACCCACAGAACCAGAAGGAGAGCCAGCUGACGUAUUUGAGCGAGUUUCAAACGCGGGUGCUUUCCGUCUGGAUGAUUUCAAAGCCAACGAUGAGGAUAUAAUUCCACCUAGCAGAGUUUUCGAUCUAAAAGUUCUUUCUUCAAAUGAAUUAGCCAAUAAAAAAUUUGUAACCCUCAAAUGGACAUCACCAGGCGAUGACGUAGACGUAGGAAACGCAACCUCUAUCGAUCUAAGAGCGAGUGUCAUCGCAGAAGAUUUACUGGAGCGUUUUACUGCAUUGGAAUCUUUUAACAAGACUUCAGUAGUCGAUGGUAAUUUUACUCCAGCGCCUCCUGGUGAAAUGCAAGUAUUAUCAGUUGAAGUGCCUAACACAGUUUGGCAGAAAAACUCGAACAAUUCAGCAGAACAUAUAGAUGUCUACUUUGCUCUUCGAAUAAUCGACGACAACAAUAACAAAGGAAAUGUUUCUAACAUAGCUAGCGGGCAUUUUGGAAAACUGGAGUUUGCAUCUUCUCCUAUUUUCAUGGUGAAAGCAGCAGAGAAAAUUAACUGGUUACCUUAUAUAAUUGGUAUCGGUGUUGCUUCUCUAAUAGCCAUCAUCCUUAUUUUCAUUUUGACUGUUGUAUAUUGCAAACGCCGAAAAACCUAUAAACCUGAGACUUAAAUGUGUUUUUCAUAUAAGUGUAUGGUCGAAUAUUAUUUUUUAUUUCUUUUUUAUUUAUCUUGCAAUUUAUAUCUAAAUAAACAUUACUUGAUAAGCGUUUAAAAUUUUCAGAUAUAUUCUUUAUAAGUUCGACUCUGUGAGUGCUAUAAGACAUAAAGUUAGGCCAGUAUUGAAAAAUUUAGUUAAAACUGAUUGUUCUGUGCUUCAACCUAGUCACAGCUUAGAAACAUGUAAAGAAAAUUAAAGUACAUUUUGUAAUCUGUACCCUAAAUGUCUAAACGCUCUUUAUGGGUGGAUGUCAAUAGCCCAACACUAGCCAAUCAGUUACAAAUAAUUGCAAGGGUAUCCGUUUUAUGUUAAAAAUUAAUAAAGGCACAACAAUUAAACUGGAAUAAUUAAAUUACAAAAAUCAUUAGCUAGUAUUUAUUGGGAUAUUUUUAAAAAUAUUAUUCUAGCAAGUUAUACAAUUCAACUUUUGACACGAACAAUUUGAAAUGUUUAUUUUUUCAAUUUUUGUCAUGGCUCGAACGAAAACAAAAAAAAAUAUUUUCCUGAAAAUAUCUUCAUACUAAACCUAAUUAUUAUUAUACAACUUAUUAUAGGACAUAUUUCUCUCAUGAUACAGUCUACUUUAACUUGUAUAUUGAAAAAAAAACCAGUUCUUGUUUUAAUCGAGUAUUUUAUUAAUUUAUGGUAUAUUACUUGGUGACUUUACCGUUUAAUCAUGUAUUUUACUAACUUAAGAUAUGUUACAUGAUUACUUUACCGUUUAAUCAUGUAUUUUACUAACUUAAGAUAUGUUACAUGAUGACUUUACCGUUUAAUCGUGUAUUUUACUAACUUAAGAUAUGUUACAUGAUGACUUUACCGUUUAAUCGUGUAUUUUACUAUUUAAGGUAUAUUACUUGAUGACUUUACCGUUAAUUGUCCAUAACAGAUGCGAUUGUUAUGUAUAUUUCUAGAUGUUUUCUUGAUUGCUAUUAAAUAAGUAUAUAUAUUUUCCAUGAAAGCAAUACUGGUCAAAAUAAAUAAGUUGUGAUGA